AGUGUUCAGUCAGGCGUUGAUAGCUGUCUGCGUGCAGCUUUUUCAUCUUUCCGUAUUCAAUCCCAAUACGCGUUUUCUACACUCUCCCCUCUUCUUUUUACUUGCACUUCUCCGCCACCUUUCCCUUCUCUUCACAUUCUACACACUACCCGAACCUUCUCUCUGCAUCUGCUCCCAUGGCUGCCGUCUCCUUAUUCCGACUUUCUCCGCCCCUCGCCGCCGUCCUUCUGCUCUCCUUCCUCGCCGCCGUACAGUCCAUCGGCGUCAACUACGGCACCCUGGGCGACAACCUCCCUCCGCCAGCUCAGGUGGCGCAGUUCCUCAAAGAAAAGACCACCAUCGACCGCAUCAAGAUAUUCGACGUUAACCCCGACAUCCUCCGCGCCUUCGCCAACACGGGAAUUCUAGUCGCCGUCACCAUCCCCAACGGCGAGAUCCCUGGCCUCACCGACGCGGGCUACGCCCGCCGCUGGCUCGCCGCCAACAUCCAGCCGUUCUAUCCGGCAACGAAAAUCAACUACAUCCUCGUCGGAAACGAGAUCCUCCACUGGGGCCCGCAGAACCUUAGGGACAAUCUCGUCGCCGCCAUGCGGUCGGUCCACCAGGCCCUCCUCCUCUCCGGCAUCAAAGAUAUCAAAGUCACCACCGCCCAUUCCUUAGGAAUACUUGAAUCAUCGGAGCCGCCGAGCCUGGCCAAGUUCCGGCCGGGCUGGGACACCGGAGUUCUCGCCCCAUUGCUGCAGUUCCAUCGUGAGACCAAAACUCCUUUCAUGGUGAACCCGUACCCGUACUUCGGGUACAGCCCGGAGAACGCCAACUUCUCGGUUUUCCAUCCCACCAAAGGGGUGUUCGACAAAUUUACUAGGAGAACCUACGGGAACAUGUUCGAUAUGCUGAUGGACGCAGUCUACGUAUCCAUGAUGAAAUUGCGCUACGGAGAUGUAGAGAUUGCGGUGGGUGAAACGGGGUGGUCGGCGCUCGGCGAGAGCUUCGAACAGCCGAGAUGCUCGGUGGCGAAUGCGGCGGCGUACAAUGGGGGACUGGUAAGGAAGUACAAAUCUGGUCGGGGAACGCCAUUGAUGCCAAGAAAGAGGUUCGACACGUACAUAUUUGGAUUGUUCAACGAGAAUCUGAAAACGGGGCCUCUGUCUGAGAGGAAUUUCGGGCUGUUUCGGCCCGAUUUCACGCCUGUUUACGACAUUGGUGUCCUGCGCCAAGGAACUGCUGCUGCUCCUCAACAGCCUGUUCCAAGACCGGCAUUGCCUGCACCUGCCCAAGAGGGGAAGAAGUGGUGCGUGCCAAAGCCAGACGCAACAGAUGCUGAACUGCAGGCAAACAUAGACUAUGUUUGCAGCCAAGGUCUGAACUGCCAGCCGAUUCAACCAGGUGGCCCUUGCUUUGACCCCAACACCGUGAGGGCUCAUGCCUCCUUUGUCAUGAACACCUACUACCAAUCUGAAGGCCGCCACGAUUUCAACUGCGACUUCUCCGGCUCCGGUGUCUUAACGUUUACUGACCCCAGUAAUGGUCCUUGCAAAUACGUUUCUUGAAUCCCCAAUAUGUCAUUUUUAUUGAGAUAUAUAUGUACUUAUUUUUUAAUUUAGGGGCUCUUUCUCAUCUUGUAAUCUUUACUCAGACGAAAAAGGAAAAAAACAAUGUUGUACCAAUCUUGAUGUAGUUUGUAUUUAUGCAUUCUUUGUGCAAUUUGAUCUUCUACCAUACAAAAUUCUGCCAA